GAACGCGACUGACAUGACCUUGCCCAACUCCAUCUAACACUCCCCCAUUCUUGGGCGGAAGUAUUACCAUACCGGAAAAUCAUGGACAACUCGCGCACAAGGGCAGUCGUACGUGACUAUUCAACACGAUAAGACCCGAUACAUCGGAGAUUUUGCGCCGCACAGGCAUUGGUUCUACUGCAACAUCUCCGAUUAGAACUGUUCGUCGCACUUGGCUUUCGAUCCCACUUCAUCCACAGAAAAUAAUCACGUUUCUCAGUCGGUCGGCUGCGCCAGAAUUCAACCAUCCCGAAAGUCCAUUCCCGACCGCCAGCCACAUCGUUCCUAUCUGGUUGGUGUUACCACACCGCUGCCGCCAUGGCGGACUCUGUUGAUCGGGUGUUUGUUUAUGCCCUCAACACCAUAAAAAAACUCCCCAAGACGGGGGCUACCCGGCCACCGCCGGCGGACCGAAUGCGCCUCUAUGGGCUUUAUAAACAAGCAAUGGAAGGCGAUGUCGAUGGGGUGAUGGAACGUCCUGCCGCCGCAUCUGGGAUUCCCGUCGAGGAUCUCCAAAGAGAGCAAGACAAAUAUGAUGCCUGGAAUAUGCAGAAGGGACUGAGCAGGACUGAGGCUAAAAGACGAUACAUCGAGGCUCUGAUCGAUACUAUGCAUAGAUACGCUACUACGGAGAAUGCGUUAGAGCUCGUUUCUGAGCUGGAAUUUGUUUGGAAUCAAAUAAAGGGCAACUCGCCGAGUUCAUCGGAGCAAUUAUCGAACGACAACAGUCCUCGGCGAUUCCAAAAGGCCACGAGCGGCACCGACGGACCCCUUAAAGUACUAUACCCCAUGAGUGAAGACGACGAGGCUGAACAUGACUACCAAAGGCGAAUGGCGGCUGCCGCCCUGGACGAAAACGAUGAUGACGACGAGAGGUAUGUCAAGAAGGGCGACAAGUGGUCCAAGAAAAUGGAACGGGCCAUAGUACGCCUCUCGGCAGAGAUUGCAGCUCUUAGGGAACAGAUCACCACUGGGAGGGAGUUCAGGUCAAGAAGGGAAAGAAGUGUUGGUGCAUGGAUAGGGUGGUUUCUGUGGCUGGUCACAAAACAUCUGGCCGCAGACAUGGCUAUUCUCGCCAUUGUGCUUGUGUGGAUGCGCAGGAGAAAGGAUCGACGACUUGAGGAUCAUGUCAGAUCUGCACUUCGAAUUUUUCGUGAAUAUGUCAGAAAGGUCUUACCCUCACGAUGAGAUUUCUUCUUUCAUACCUGAGGUCUUCUGGGCGUCAAGAAUCAUCAGACCACCAGGCGCCUCGUCCAGAGAAAGUGAGGGGAACCAUUCGGACGUGGAUCGCCAUAUGUGGACAAAUCCGCGGAUGUUUCUCAUAUCAUACUCGCUAUCCAAGGCCAUGGCGGAAGUAGGUUCACCAAGAGGUACAGUCUGUCGGUCAGCCCACAAUAUCUUCCUCAAGUGCCAGGCGCGGAGGCACCGGUUUUCGCCCUCGUUCUCAAACACGCGGUCUUUCGGGUAUGCUAUCUAAUUUGCUUGAUGAAGGUGGAUUAGUCUUGGAUAUCGAGCACAAUGUGGCAAAAGCCGCCUGGCAAGCUCGGGCAUAUUCCCAUAAGCCGAGAAGGAGGUAUGGCAGUAACCUGCCUAGGCAUAGGGCUGGAAUGGAUAGUAGUCCUGAACGAUGAUAGUGAUGAUGAUAACGAUAUGUAAAUAAAGUCUAACCCUGAGAGUUCCUCAGAAACUCUGGGAAUUCGCCGGAAGGAGACAUAAUCAAAAUAAUUUACUUCAUCCAUAUGUAAAG